AUGCUGUUCCGCUCUCCAUAUCCUCUCGACCCUCCGCGGGACGAGUCGCUGCACCACUUCCUCUUCCGGCCCGUCGCCGACGCUGGCUCCUGCGAUCCGUCCAGCUCGAACCGGGUCGACGAGCCGCUGCUGUACCCCACGCCCGCCGACAACACGAGCCGGCCAGGUGCCAAGCCCAUCAGCCUUCGCCAGGUGCGCGAGCUGUCCUACGACUUUGCCGCCGGGCUGCAGGCCACCGCAUCCGCUCGUGGCGCCAAGCGCUGGGGCAGGGGCGACGUGCUGGCCGUCUACGCAAGCAACCAGCACGACUACCUCGCCGGCGUCCUCGGCGCCCUCGUCACGGGGGCGAGCGUGGCGCUCUGCAACCCCUCAUACAAGCCCGAUGAGCUGUCCCAUCAGCUGCGCAUGGUCGGGGCGCGCGCCAUCCUCACCACCGCUGCGAGCUACGAUAAUGCGUGCACCGCGGCCGAGGGGGCCACCCGGGACGGCAAAGAGGACCUCCAAGGCCUCGCGCAGCCUCCCGAGAUCUUUGUAUUCGAAGAGAGCCACGAUUCGAGCUGGGCCAAGGUCAUCGAAGCCGGCAAGCAGCAAGGGGGAUCGGCGCGAAAGGAGCUGGAACAGGUCAGGGUGUCGCCGAGCGACGAUACCGCCAUCCUUUGCUUCAGCUCGGGCACGUCAGGAAAGCCCAAGGCGGUGCGGCUCUCUCACGCCUCGCUGGUGGCCAACAUCAUCCAGGCCACCUUCCUCCUGCUGGACCGCGUCAAUCCGCCGCUGUUCGGGCAGUCGGUGUGGUACGACGACAAGCCGAUGAGCGACGGCAUCUUGACGGUGCAGAGCGUCGGCAGGAAGAUUUCGGCGGCUGCCGAUGCCAUCUCGGACCUGCUCCCCGGGCGCAAAGCCAAGGACAGCGACGGCGUCGGCGCACGUCCGGCGUCUGGCGAGUUCCACCUGGACCUGCUUCCGCUCUUCCACUGCUACGGCCUGUUGAUGGGCUUUGUCGCGCUGCACACGGCCACGCCGCGCGUCGUGCUGCCGCGCUUCCAGCUAGACGUCUUCCUCUCGGCCGUGCAGCAGCACAAGGUCACCUUCUGCUUUGUCGUCCCGCCGAUCCUGCUGGCGCUCGCCAAGUCGUCCGAGGUCGACAAGUACGACGUGAGCUCGCUGAAGCGCGUGGCCUCGGGCGCCGCGAGUCUCUCGGCGGAGCUCGAGGCUGCCGUGCAGAAGCGGCUCGGGAUCAGGUCGACCGAUGGCUAUGGCAUGUCGGAGAUGUCUCCCAUCAUCAGCAUGCAGAACCUCAAGGACCUCGAGAUUGCGCCGAGGACGGUGGGCGUCCUGGCACCGGGCACCGAGGCCAAGGUGGUCGACAUCAAUGGCAACGAGCUUGGACCCGACGAGGAGGGCGAGCUGUGGCUACGCGGUCCGCAGAUGAUGCAGGGCUACCUGCGCAACGACGAGGCGAACCGCUCCGCCUUUGUGCCGUCCAUCGACGACCCAGAGAGGUUCCUGCGGACGGGCGACGUGGUGCGGAUCGACAAGCGGGGCUACAUUCGGAUCACGGACCGGCUCAAGGACGUGAUCAAGUACCACGGGUUCCAGGUGUCGCCGUCGGAGCUCGAGGACCUGCUCUUCCACGAGGAGCGGGUGGCCGACUGCGCCGUGACGGGCAUCGCCGACCCCAAGGACUCGUCGGAGCUGCCGUGGGCGUUUGUCGUCCUGACCGACCACGACCGGCUCCACGGCGAGCAGGCCGACGAGGCCGAGAGGGACGAGGCCAGGCGCGCGCUCAUGGACAGCGUCAACGCCAAGGUGUCGGCCAACUACAAGAAGCUGCGCGGCGUGACGCUGCUCGACAAGCUGCCCAAGAGCGACUCGGGCAAGAUUCUCAAGCGCGAGCUCAAGGCGUUUGCCGUUGGUCCUGCCAAGCAGCAGCAGCAGCGGUAG